UCAAGCCCAUUGUCUUUGGGCCACAGCCGUCUGGUUGUGUGAAAAAUCCAUGGCCCUUCCGCCUUGAUGCGGCUUCCGCGUUGCCCAGGAACAGCAGCGCUUUGUCAAUGCCUAGCGCUGCUGUCUGUGGCGGCGCUCGAAAUUAAGGACAACGAGCAUGAUCUCGUGCCUUCAGAGCCGGGGCCCCGCGGCGCGAAACUCAUGCGCCGCGAGGAGCCCACGGCGUGGCAGCCGUGUGGGGAGGUUUCACUGGCGGACUGCUGUCAUCAACGCGCCUUGCGCGUGAACGACGGCAAAGGCAACUGCAGAUGCGCAGAACAGCAGGCCGCUCCGGCGAAGUUGGCGCGGCUUUGCUCCUUGGAGUGGCAGAGCUGCCAGCAGAGGCCCAGCUGCUGUCAGAACCUGCCAGCCUCCAUGCUGGUGAGCUACGGCAACUCCUCGGGCUCCGCAUAUUCGGGCCACUGCGCCUGCGCGAACGCCGCCUGGGCCAACUGGAGCCAGCUGCAGCUGGAGCAGCGAUGUCUCGAGGUGUCCAGUUGCAUCUCACCAAGCUUCGCAGACAUCGAAAACCUCACGCGAGAGGUCGGGGACGGAACGCGCUGCCACGGCGCAGUGCGCUUCCAAAUUGCCGUGCCCAAGGGUACGCCCUGCCUCUUGCGGUUCCAGGUGCGACAGAACUCAGAACACAGCGCAGUGGAGGUUCAGCUUGGGCCCCACCGGGUGGCGCUGCCGGCGAAGGCUUCGCGCUGGACCUGGAUCGAGCGCAGCUUUGAGGCGCCCACCCGGGCCCUGGACUUGAUGAUCUCCCCAGAGGCGGGCGCCUGCACGGAGCUGCGCAAGGUGCACUUCGCCACCUGCCAGGACCACACUGCCGCAGCGUUAGCCUCGGAGGACCACACCACCGCUGUCUUGGCCUCUGAGGGAGAGAAGCCUCGGCUGGCCUUCAGCAGACAGGGCAUUGGUACACCGGGGGACAAGUCCGAGCAGGACGGACAGAGUUCGGAUGGUGAGAAGAGUUCGGAUGGCGAGAAGAGUUCAGGCGAGUCGCAAACGGCCAGCGCAAACUCUGCAUCCGACUCGGACAAGGAUCAAGACAUCAAGCAGCUGAAGGCUCAGGUGCAAAAGGAUGAAGAUAAGAUCACCGAGCUGGAGUACAAGACCAAGAAGGCUGAGAUCCAGAAGGAGGCCGCCGAGGAGGAGGCGGCUGAGCCGGCCGGGGGCAGCGUGCCCACCUGGCUGGCUGUGGUCACCGUCGGGCUUGUCUUCAUCACCGGGCCUCUGUUGAAGAUGAAGGCGAACAAAAGUGCGAAGGCCAAGGCAGAGGCAGCAGGGCCCAAAGCAGGGCCUAAAGCAGGGGCCAAAGCGGGGGCCAAGGCGCCAGCUGCGGCAAAAGCAAAGGCUGGAGCCCCCGCCGCUGGAGCGCCCGCAGCAAAGGGCAAGGCCAAGGCCAAGGGCAAAGGCAAAGGCGGUGGCAAGGGCCGGCCUAAGGAGGUGUCCGAAAUGGAGCUGAAGGCUGUCCUGAAGAUCCAGGCGGUGGCCCGGGGCUGGAAGGCGCGCUUGGACGUGCACCCACACGGGCCCAAGGACAAGUUUCGGACCCUGAACGAGGGGCAACAGAUCGCCAUCUCGCUGCAGAACGUCUCCAUGAAGAACCUGCCGGACGUCAACAUGCUGGGCGGCGUGGAUCCCUUCCUCGAGGCCCAGUCUGGCUUCGGCAAAGACCCCGAGUCGAAGGGGAAGACCAGCGUCUCCGCGGACAAGACGGCGCGUUCAGAGAUCAUCACGGGUGACAACAACCCCAAGUUCCAGAAGAGUGUGGACCUUACAAAGGUGUACAACAAGCCGGACCAGUGGUUGAACCUCCUGAUCUUCGACUCUGGCAGCACCGAAGACACCUUCAUCGGCAACAAGAGCCUCGCCGUGAACCAGCUGUUGACGGACAUCUCCACCUUCACCUUCGAAGCUCCGCCGCCGAGCAUGCCCCAGGAGCUGACGUUCCAGUCCACUUUGCCGACGAAGAAGGACAUCAAGGCCAAGUUCGAUGUCACCAUCUUCGAGGCGAUGAAGUUUGUCUUCGCGGUCAAGGAGGGCACGAAGUUCCCGCAGGUGGACCAAUUCGGCGGCAUCGACUCCUUCAUCGAGAUCCGCGCCACCCGAACAGAUGUCAGGAAGACCAACUUCUCCCUAGAGCCGGACCCCAAAUGCAUCUGGAGCGCCAAGACCAAUGUGCUCCCAGACACCACGUCGCCGAAAUACAACCAGGAGCUCAAGGCCACCUUGCCCGCCGACCCCAGCCUGCUGAUCCAAAUCAUUCUCUGGGACAGCAACGCGCCUAUGCCGGACUACCCUGUGGCGCAGCAUGUCAUGGAGAUCAGAGAGGAGAUCACUCACAAGCAAAACCUGCCUCCACUGGAGCACAUCAUCAAGUUUCAAAAGCUACCCGGUCAAGCUGUCGUGGCGGGCUACAACAAAGCCUCGCUGAAGUUCAGUCUGCAGACCAGCCUGGCGGAGCCUGGCAAGCCACCGCCCCCCAAGGCCAAGGCAGCGGCCAAGGCGGAGGCCAAGGCGGAGGCCAAGGCGCAGGCCAAGGCGGAGCCAGCGGCCCCACCGAAGGCGAAAGCCGCGGCCAAGGCGCCGCCCAAGGCCCCGGCCAAGGCGGCGGCCAAGGCGCCGGCUGGAGCUGCCAAAGGUCUCGCCAGUCCCAAGCCGGCGGUGAAGGCGGCGGUGAAGGCCAAAGCUGUGCCAGCCGCCUGAGACGAGUUUUACGCGGUGGCUUUUUAGAAGGGAAUCGAUUUCACUUCUGGACAUGUUUUUUUGUUAAAAGGCAAAUGGAAGCAGGGAAUCCGACUUGGCGCAAGACAACCCCUGUCAGAAUCCAGAUUGUUGGCCAUCCCAUGGCCCUCUUCGGACAAGAUUUUGACAGAGGGUCGCCGCGGGUUGCCGUACAUAUGCGGGCCAUGGUCGUUUCCUGUUUGCGGAAGCGCAGAGAUGGAAGCGCCUCACUUGAGAAGCACGGUGUCAA